AUGGGCUUCCCCGCGUCACCGCCGCCGUACCUGGAUCCGAAUCGAAACGCUACGUUCGGAGUCAGCUUCGCCAGCAGUGGAGCGUCGUUCAACGUCACGGGAUACACCUUCCCCGCAUUCCAGGCAUCGCAGCAGCUGGAGUGGUUCGACAAGAUCCAGGCGGAUGCCGCGGAAUCCGCGGGAGGCGCUGACGCGAGCCUCCCCUCGCCUUCCGUCUUCUCCACCGCUCUUUACGUCGUCGGCCUGGGUCCUAACGACUACUUUGUGCUCUUCUUCGGGGAGAAGAUCGACGAGACGACACUCCCCAGGAUCACCGCGGGAGGCGCGAAGCAAGUGCAGGCGUUUGCUUCGGCUGUGGUGGCGGCUCUAAAAGCCUACGUGCAAGCUUUGUACAGCCGCGGAGCGCGGCGGUUCUUGCUGUUCGAAAUCCCUCCUCUCGGCUGUCUUCCGCUGUGGCGCCAGGCUCUGCAGCCGGCGGAGAAGCAGGGGGAGUGCGUGAGCGCGAUCAGCGCGUAUUCCCAGGAGCACAACAGGCAGCUGGCUGUUGCUAUUGCUGCGCUACGGAAGACCCUCAAAGGCUCGGAUAUUUUGCUGGCGAAGACGUACGGUUUCACGGAAAAAGCUGUUGCCGAUCCUCCCUAUGUUGGUCUUUUGGGAACCAACGCUUGCUGCGGCGGCCCGCCUCCUCUCAACGGCCUCGUGCAGUGCGGCACGAGUGACACCAUUGGUGGUUACAAGGUAACCGCGACGGCGUGCUCCCGCCCCCAGGACAGCAUCUUCUGGGACCGCCUGCAUCCCACUGAGGCCUUCAAUCGCGAGCUGGCCAAGAGCAUUUUCCUGGGCGGCAAGGAUUCAAUCGAGCCAAUGAAUUUGCGCCAGCUGGCGAGCUCUGCGGCCGGGGUGAAGAAGGAUCUCGACAACGAUGCCGAUAGUAUCGGGGAUAGCGGGAACAAUGUCGAUGACAAGUCGUCGGAGGUGGAUGAUGACGGAAAGUCAACGGACAGGAAAACGGAAAGUAGGAUGAGAACAAGAAGCCACUUCAAGUUGCCAGAGCCUGCUAGUAGCUCGAAACAUCCGUACGCAAAGGCGUUAUCCUUGAUUCGAGCGGGAGAAUGGAGCAAGCUGACUGGUGAGCUCUGCAAGGCUUAUCUGCGGUACCACCGUCUGCGGCUGAGCGACUUGACGGCGGAUCUGAUCAAUCGCAUUCAGAGGCAUUACGAGCUCAAGGACGUCCAAUCAGCCAAGCGUCAGUACCCACGCACGUCCUUCCACAUCAAUUGUACAGGUGACGACUGCAAAAACGACGUCGUUCUGUUUAAUCAACGGAUAUCCGCAAGGUCUGUCACACGGCAUGAGAGGAAGGCAACGCAUGGAGGGUAUCGGUCAGUGGCAGGGAGAGUGGUCAGUGAGAGCUACGGUGUGAAGAAACAGCAGCACACAUUCACUGUGGAGGUUAUUUGGAGAUCUGGCUUACAUGCGCUGGCUCCAAUGACGCAGCUACUUGUAAAGGGGAGAGUACUGUACAGGCAUAAAACAUUUCGACAGGUGGACCCCAAGGAAAAGGCGGGACAAGAAAGUCUAGGCAUACUGUACAGUAGAGAGCACUUUGCUGCACAGUGCUUAGACCGAAAACACGAGUUGUGGUAA